AGAGUCUAUAAAGAAUCACGGUUUAACAACCCACAGUUUUAACCGGUUGAGCAGCAGAAGGUGGCUUGGCCAAUAAAUAAAGCAAGUCUAGCAGAUGGAGUUAAAAUUAGAGUGUAGAAGGGCAAAGCUAGCAAAGCGUAUCCUAGCUUAGCUUAGCAUAGCAUAGCACUUUGGUUAAUAACGAUUAGCUGUUCUGUUACAUAAGCUUUCAGAAAGCACUGCAUGCAGAAGUAAAAUAAGUACUCGGUUGUUCUGGUGUUUAUUCAGAGUAGUUUAAUCCGUAUACCGUAGUCAAUGUUACUUUUGUUUGUAGCUUGUGUUGCAUGACACUCCCCACUGAUUCUACAGGAAUCAAAACAAAGCAUCUUGCUCGAGGAAAUAAAUACAAAACAGAUGACGUGAUGCCAAAAACACAAGCCUGGACUUUAAAAUAAAUGUUUUUAGUUAUUAAUAGUCAGCGUGUGAAAAAGAGCAAUCAACAUAACUAUGAAUGAUCUAAUAUCAUAUCGAAUAUCAUAUAAUAUCUACAAGCAGUAUUUGUUAGAUAGCUAGUUUUAAGUAAUGCACUUAGAUACACAGAAGUUUAUUUACACCGUUUCAAGAUUGUGGAGUUUCAAAUGCUGAGCCAUGGAUGAAGAGGACAGCCAGGAUGAGCUGAUCAACAAGAACAUUACCUGUGGAAAAGGCAAAAGACCUUCUGCAUCUAUUCUCUCAGAUGAAGAGGAAGAUGGUGAUGACUCACAUGAGGAAGGUUCAGAGAGUGAGGAAGAUGAUGAUUCCCAGGAUGGAGAAGAUGAGGGUGGUGAGGAAGAGGAUGGGGAAGAUGAGAGUGAUCAUGAAGAUGGUGUAAAGGAGAUUGAGGGAGCAAUAGGUGCACAGCCAACAGAUCUUGGGCUGAGUUCAGAUGAGGAUGCGGAUAAAUGCCCUAUCUGCCUCAACUCUUUCCAUGAGCAGCCAGUAGCCACGCCCCAGAACUGUGAACACUACUUCUGUCUGGACUGUAUUGUGGAAUGGGCCAAGAAUGCCAAUUCCUGUCCCGUCGACCGCAUAGUAUUCAGUAACAUCCUACUGAGAACAUGCUAUGGAGGAAAAGUCCAAAAGACGAUUACAGUUCAGAGGCCAGUGAAAAAAGAUCAAGAGGAGCAGGUGAAUGUGGAUCUGGAGCAGACCAGCUGUGAGGUGUGUGGGGGGACUGACAGAGAAGAUCGCCUGCUGCUCUGUGAUGGCUGUGAUGCCGGGUAUCAUAUGGAGUGUUUAACACCUCCACUGGAUGCUGUGCCUGUUGAGGAAUGGUUUUGUCCACAAUGUGCACCAAACAACCGCAACAGAAGGGAAGAGCGGUUGAGUGAGGAAGAGAGCAGUCUUCCUACCACAAGCCGCUCUCGGCCGGUAGGCUCCAGGCCCAUGCGUGCAAUUGCCCGGACACAGCACAGUGAGAGGGUCCGAGCCAACGUCAAUAGACACCGUAUCACACAGGCACGCACUGCCUCACAGCUUGCACCUCGGUACCUGAUGCAGUCCACCUGGCUGGAUGAAACUAUCAAUGCCGUAGUUUCCGGACUUAACACCGCCGUGUAUAUCAGGGACUUAACACCUCGCCCAAGAGCUCGCAGAAGACGCAAGAGAGCACCAAGAAAGAAAACCAUAAAAGAAGGGAAGGACAUUAACGGUAAAACCUCAACCACAAAGGUGAAAAGGCGGAAGCGUAAAGUGAGGAGAAGGAAAUUAAGGAAGGCGGUGGGGAAAAAGAAGACCACAGCACAGGGCCGCAUUGCGCAGAGUCUGGGCAUAAAGAAAUCCAGCCGCAGCUCCGCUAUCCCCUCUGUAUACCGUCCGUGUGAGCAAACACUAGGCAGCAUGAGAGCAGACAUUGGGGCAGCAUCCCUCUCUAUUUAUGGAGAUCCCUUUGAUCUCGAUCCCUUUGAUAAUGGGGAUGAGGAGAUAGAGCAGCCUCCAGUUCAGGCUUCUUUGUUGGAAGCGAAACGGCGGGGUUUGUCUCGCUCUGCUCUGCGCUCACACCAGCCUGUAGCCAGACCCAUACUUGGUGGUUUGUCCAGGCGAGGGCACGGUUUACCUCAGGUGGAGGAGGUGGCUGAGGCUGCACCAGUCCCGGACUUGCUGGGAAGUAUCCUCAGCGGCCAAAGCUUGCUGCUGAUGGACAGCUCUGAUGUGGUUAUCAACAGAGAUGGCUCUCUUAAAGCGCCCAAACCUGCCUGUUUGUCAUCUCCAAGGAGCAGCAUCUCGGGACAUUCUGACGAACGAACUACUUCCACAGGCGCAGCUGACAUGCACUCCGGCAGGGAGUCUGCACCGGCCAUCAGCCCUUUAACAAACUCACCACAAAGUUAUUUUCAACUCACUCCUUCCAGAGUAACACAUUCAACAUCCUGCCCAUCUGUUUCCCACGCACCUACAUCUGUUCUUGAACACCCAUGCUUAUCUACACCUGUUCCACACAGACCAGCUCCCACAAACUUAACUGGAACUGGACACAGUCAAGGGGGCACCUGUAGCAUCAGAGGCCAACCCCCAGUUACAAAUGGAGCUUUUGACUCUCAUCCUGGAGAGAGCCGAAGUACCGUAAACGUCCCUGCAAAAAAGCCUCCCCCAAAGCCAGUAUGGGUGGAUGUAUCUGUGUUGCCUAGAAUACCAAAGAUUAAAAGAGAAAACAGUUCUGUUCCACAUGGCAGCACAGGGAGCAAUGGUGGUAACUUACCAGAGUCUUCCAUGAACAGUUUGGCAGGUGACAAAGGGCAGCAAAAUUCAGUUGACCAACAGCGAGUGAGUGAAAGUAGGCAGGGUAGGUCAAUAGACGGCCAGAGGCAAAGACUGGACAGAGCUGUUCCCUCAUCUUCUUUUUCGAACUCUUUCUCUACUCCAUCAACCUCGGCAAGUUUAACAUCAAAUUCACAGCCAUCCUCUUCUUCUGCUAUUAGUUUUCGCAUUAGCAGCAGUGGAAACCCAUGGCAUGCUCGGCGGCUUUCGGUACCCGAUCAAGCCCUGCUUGCAAAAGAUAAAGGAUAUGUGAAGAGAAACAGGAAAGGCAAGCAGAUGUUGCUGUCAUCUUAUUCACAGGCUAAAAAGACCUCUGUGGAGAGUGAGGUCUAUGAUCCCUUUAAUCCCACAGGAUCUGAUGCCUCCGACUCUGAAGAUGAGAAUGACAAGAUGGAAAUGAAUCUACAAAGCCCACCACCCACUGUACAGACUGUGGGGGGAAAUGAAGAUGCUGAACGUGAAAUUAAAAUGGAGUCCAUGGACAUGGAUUUGCCUCUGGAUGAUGAAAUGUUUGGAAUGAAAGUGCAAGUUAAAAAGGAGCCAACCUCUCCUAAAGAUGAGUCAUGGUCAUCGCCUUCUCAUCUGCCAGCCACCCUACUUGCAACUCGAUCUGAAGCAUACACUGGAAGCCCCGUAGUCUCUGAGGCUGACGAGAGUGGAAAUACCAAAGGUCAAUUAACAAAAGCUCUGGAUCAUUCCAGAUCUAGCUCACCCUCUAGACAACACAGUGACCAGAAUGCCAUGACAGAAGUUAAGUCUGAACCAGAUCUUGAACCAUCUCCAGCAAAAUCUCCAUGUGUGUUUCAGGUAGCCAAAGGAAAUGGAUUUAUUCAUGAGCUGUCAUCGGUAUCAGGAGGUUCUGAUAUAAAUCACAAGAGUGAGGAGAAAGAAAUAGGAGUACCAUGUGCUAGUUCAGGAGAGACCUCCAACAGCCCUUCUUUCAAGGCCUCUGAACGGUUUGAUAAACAGAAGAAACACUCACGGUCUGAAGACAGAAGGCGGUCAAGGUCUAGAUCUCCAUGCUACAAACGAUCUCGUUCAAGAUCUAGAGACAGAAGCCACUUACAAGACAGGAGGCGCUCAACUCGUUCCAGCAGCAGUGAAAGCUUAAAGAAUAGAAGAAGAAAGCAUGAAAGUCAUGACCGCUAUGACAGUAGAGAGAAAGAGGGACAGAAAAGGUUAAAGAAGAAAAAAUAUUCUCAUUCACGGUCAACGUCUCGCUCAAGAUCUAGAUCCAGAUCCAGAUCAAGGUCCAGAGAAAGGAGGAGAGAGCGAACAUUGUCACAGACGUCUUCCUCGAGAGCAAGAUAUAGAAAUGUGGUAAGAUCAAAAAGGAAAAAGUCUAGAUCAACUUCUAGAGACCGGAGACGGAGAGAGAACGUUUCAGAAGGCCCUCCUCAUAGAGAGAGGCACACUGACAAAAAUAGAGCAUCCGCUUCUGCUGAGGAAAAUGAGCCAACUCGCACUAUAGACAGAGUAAAGAAGGAGAGACAGAAAGGACACAAUGAAUGUGACACUAAACUUUCAGUUGUUUCAAUUAAAAAAGAGACUGAUUCCAGUAGUCAAAGGUGUUCACAAACAUUAAAGUCUGGAAAGCAAAUUUUAGAUGAUGUGCUUUCGGUUUCUAUGUUGCCCAAACCACAUGAAUCCAAACCUAUUGAAAUUAAAGAAGAAAACGAUUCCCCGCUUAGUACGAUUAAAGAGUCCCAGCUAUUGAAAGAUUAUCUGGUGAAACAGGUCAAGGAAGAGCAGGUUUGGCCUGAUGAUGAGGACUCCUGCAGUGAUGAUGAUGCUCUUGUGAUUAAUUUAUCUUCACCUGGUCCUGAUCCCACAAAUUGUGAAAAGUUGACUGACUGUGAAUCAACAAGCCUGUCUGUGGUACCAAAGGUGGAGAUGGAUGUAGAACCUCUGCAAGCAUUGUGUCCAGUAAAACAAGAACCAGCAGACUCUUCAGAUGAAGAGAUAAAUGUUGAUUAUUUGAUUGACAACUUAGACUUCAUUAAGAAGGAGAUGAAGGAUGAGCCAGAAGCUAAAGUUGCAGAUGCUGUGGAGCCCCAGGCUGAUCUAGGCAAGGAGUCAGCAGGGGUCAAACAGGAGACGGAGUCAGUUUUAGUAACAGCAGGCACCAAAGCCAAAUCACAGGGUAAACGAGUCACCUGGAAUAUACAAGAGCCUGUGGUGUCCCAGCCAGACAAAAUGAGCAAGCUUGCACUAUUCAAAUUGAAACUGAAACAAGAAGGGUCUCGUAAGGCUGCUUCAUCCUCCUCCAUGCAGAUCACUGGCCAGGGUGGCUCAAGAUCCACAGCCACGAGCAUCAGUUCUCCAGCACUGGAAGGGAGUUCAAACUCUAGCCAGGAGAAAUUGAAAUCCCACAAUGAGGAGCUGUUGCAGAAUCCUGAUCAGAAAGACAAGUACAUGAAGAAACUUCAUAUGCAAGAACGGGCCAUCGAGGAGGUGAAACUGGCCAUCAAACCCUUUUAUCAGAAAAGGGACAUUACAAAGGAGGAGUACAAAGAGAUCUUGCGCAAGGCUGUCCAGAAGGUGUGCCACAGUAAGAGUGGUGAAAUUAACCCAGUGAAAGUAGCCAACCUGGUAAAGGCAUAUGUGGAUAUGUACAAACAUGCCAGGAAACAUCGUAAAGCAGAGGAGAAGCAGAGUGCCGAAGGCCCCAAAGGUUCAGAAACGCCCAGCUGAAAGCACAGUGUAGCUGCUAAUCAACAAACUCAAUGCACACCCUUCUAGUCCCUAAAGUGAUGUGACCCUAAAGGUCUGUACAGUUGUAUUCUUUGCACAGAGGUUCUCACCUUUGUGAAGGUGUGCAAGAAGGAAUUGUUGAUCUGGGAUGAACAGAACUAUUUUACAGUGUGGGUGUGUACCAGAAGUAUGGUACACUAUUGUUAAUGAUGGUAUAGGGGCUUUUUUUUGCUGACUUUGUUAAAGACAAUAUGAUCUGUUUUGAAACGUUUAAUACGACAGUGUUACCAAGCAUAAUGCAAAAGCAUUUGAAAUUUCACCACUGAGGCUGCUACUUUUUCAUACUUUUGCUUUGUCACUGUUGUGACACAGUGUACUGCUGUCAUUGAAAGUUUGAGAACUGGAAAAAUCAACCUUUUCAGAUUAACUGUUGCUCACUAUAGCAGAAUUCAGAGCAUUUAGAUAACAGAAUUUAGAUCAUUGAUAGUAUAUAUGUAUAUUUAGCACACUGAGCUUGCUAGAGAUUUAAAUCUGAAGAUGUACACACUGGGUUUUUUAUUUUUGUUUUGUUUUUUUAAAUGUUUUAAGAUGUUACACAUGGUUUUACAUUUGGUUUUAUGAUGCCUCAUCUGGCCAAUGACCAGACUAGUGUCAGGAUGGCUUAUGAUUCAGGUGUGACAUGUAAGUUCUUUUUCACAACAGAAAAAUUUCUUCCUAGUUUUCCUUUACCAUAUGAACUUUUUUGAAAUCUUAUAACUAGAGAGAUUAUUAUAGCAUUAUCAUCAGUUCAGUGAAUCUGAGCUCCACGGCCCAGCCUUUGUCAGCAGAUGAUUUUAGACCUGUAUCACCAUCACGAUGAAUUGUUUUUUGUCUAUUAUUUUAAGAUUACUUUGAAACAAAUAUAUAUAUAAGACUUUGUCAGAGGAUUUGAAUAUUGUACGAUGACGCCAUGGAUAUUUCAGUAAAGCUCAAAAAUCUUUUGUUUAUUGAUAAUAUUAAGUAAGCCAUAUAGGAUUAUUAUUUAACAACCAGUAUGAAAAUUUUGUAUUUAGAUUAAUUGAAUAUAAAUAAUCUUGGUUAAUUGUUUCCCCUCAUUGUUUAAAAGUUGAUUUGCCGAUUAUAUAUUUGUUUUUGUACAGAUAUUUUAAGUGUAGAAGACCGAGAGUGGUGCUAUAGGACAUCAUGGGGAUAAAGUUUCGUGAUCAUUAUUCCUAUAAACUAAAUGGACAGAAGGAGGAUCUUUUAUUAACAGGGUGUUUGUUGUACUUUUUUAGUGUUCAUUUAAUUUUAGCAUCAUUUUAUUGUUUUUAGGACGAGUAAGGACUGGUUACUCUGCAUUUAAAGAAAUUAGUGUAAUAUGCUUGUAGAAGCAGGAAAUAAUGUUUUCCUAGUUGCUGAUGGCAGAUAAUCCUCCUUGUGUGAAAUGUGCUGCCUUAUCAUCACUGAUGGAAUUAUGCUUGGCUCUUCUUGUGAACAGGAGAAUCCAUUCUGCUGAUUUGUAAAUACCUUUCUUUAACAAUUUAUUAAUAAAAAUGAAAACAAAAGUA